GAAAAAAACAAAAACCCUAACAUUAUUGUCGAAAAUCAAUUUCGUGCCCCGGUGGUGAUCUGCGAACUCCGGCGUAUAAACCCCUGCAAAGCCCACAACUUGGUAACCCCAAAGCUUGGUUCUUUUUGAUGGAAACCGAAAGCAGUGUCUGCGACAACAUCGUCAGCGAUGAGAAAUGGCGAGCGGAAGCUGAAAUUGGUGGCAACGAGAGAGCUCUGCAAGCGCUUCGAGAACUCAUUAUCUUCCCUUUUCGUUACCCUCUCGAAGCUCGAACUCUUGGUCUCAAAUGGCCUAGAGGAUUGCUUCUCUACGGUCCUCCUGGAACCGGCAAGACAAGCUUGGUCCGUGCUGUUGUCCAAGAAUGUGAUGCACAUUUGAUUGUUUUAAGCCCUCAUUCUGUACAUAGAGCACAUGCUGGAGAAAGCGAGAAAGUCUUAAGGGAAGCUUUUGCUGAGGCUUCUUCUCACGCUGUUUCAGACAAGCCAUCUGUGAUUUUUAUUGAUGAAAUCGAUGUUCUUUGUCCUCGUCGUGAUGCUAGACGAGAGCAAGAUGUUCGUAUUGCUUCUCAACUAUUUACACUCAUGGACUCAAACAAGCCUUCAUCAUCUGCACCGAAAGUUGUUGUUGUAGCAUCCACAAAUAGGGUGGAUGCGAUUGACCCAGCGAUAAGAAGGGCAGGACGAUUUGAUGCUUUAGUUGAAGUGAGCACGCCAAAUGAGGAUGAUCGUUUAAAAAUCCUGCAGCUGUACACAAAGAAAGUCAAUUUAGAUUCUAGUGUCGAUCUUCAAGCCAUAGCAAUAUCUUGCAACGGUUAUGUUGGGGCAGAUUUGGAAGCUUUAUGUCGCGAAGCAACCAUAUCUGCAAGUAAAAGAUCCUCAGAUCCUCUUAUCCUAAUAUCGCAAGACUUCAAGAUUGCAAAAUCUGUGGUUGGUCCAAGUAUAAACAGAGGCAUCACAGUUGAAAUCCCUAAAGUGACAUGGGACGACGUUGGUGGUCUUAAAGACUUAAAGAAAAAGCUCCAGCAAGCUGUAGAAUGGCCAAUCAAACAUUCAGCUGCAUUUGUAAAAAUGGGCAUAUCGCCGAUGCGUGGGAUACUUCUACAUGGUCCUCCAGGUUGCUCAAAGACAACUCUUGCUAAAGCUGCUGCAAAUGCUGCUCAAGCCUCUUUCUUUUCCUUAAGCUGUGCAGAGCUAUUUUCUAUGUAUGUUGGAGAAGGUGAAGCAUUAUUGCGGAAUACAUUUCAAAGAGCUCGACUUGCUUCUCCAAGUAUAAUAUUCUUUGAUGAAGCUGAUGUUGUUGCCUGUAAAAGAGGUGAUGAGAGCUCAAGCAAUAGUUCUACAGUUGGAGAAAGGCUUUUAUCUACACUGUUAACCGAAAUGGACGGUCUUGAAGAAGCAAAGGGAAUCCUCGUCUUGGCUGCCACAAACCGCCCGUAUGCAAUUGAUGCUGCUCUUAUGCGACCUGGUCGAUUUGAUCUUGUGCUAUACGUGCCACCGCCUGAUCUAGAAGCCCGGUUUGAAAUACUGCAAGUGCAUACACGCAACAUGAGACUAGGAGACGACGUGGAUCUCAGGAAAAUAGCUGAAGAAACCGAUCUCUUUACAGGUGCCGAGCUCGAGGGUCUAUGCAGAGAAAGCGGAACUGUCUCACUUAGAGAAAACAUCGAAGCAACCGCCGUCUUCAAUCGCCAUUUCCAAACCGCUAAAAGCUCGCUUAAACCCGCAUUGACAAUCGAAGAAGUCGAAACUUAUUCAUCAUUCAGGAAAGCGAAAAGAUCUGAUUCAAAACCGAUUCCGAUUAACAAAAAGAAGUCGACAUCCACUGUUUUCGGAUUCUCAUGGCAAUUUGGUGUUUUGAGCUUAAUAUUACUUGCUACUGGAAACUAUUACUUCAACCACACUAAACAUGAUUUACGAGUAGCGUCUGCUACAUGAGUCUUAAACAGCUCAAAAGUAAAAAAGUUUCUAAUUUUGUUUU